UUGGUAUUUGCUCCAUUCCUGUUGGUAGUUUUUCCGUGGUAUCAUCAGUGGCCUAAUCCUUGUGGCGCGUGGCGGUAGGAGUUUGUGGUUGUUAUUUUGAGGAGUGGAAGUCUGUUUAGUAAUACAUAAUGCCAAAUAUUAUUAACGAAAUUAAAUUAGACUUUAAAGAUGUAUUGUUACGACCGAAGCGAAGUACUUUGCGAAGUAGAGCAGAUGUUGAUUUGUAUCGAGAGAUAACUUUUCGAAAUUCGAAGCAAACAUACAAAGGCAUACCCGUGAUAGCCUCUAACAUGGAUACAGUUGGAACUUUUGAAAUGGCCAAGGCCCUUGCAAAGCAUGGGUUGUUCACAACAUUGCACAAAUACUACAGUUUGGCAGAAUGGAAGGAUUUUGCAGAAAACAGUCCUGAAUGUCUGCAUUAUGUGGCAGCCAGUUCUGGUACAGGUCAAGUAGACUUUGAGCGAUUAGCACAGAUUCUAGCUGAGAUUCCAGGUGUGACCUACAUCUGCCUUGAUGUCGCCAAUGGUUACUCCCAGCAAUUUGUUGAGUACGUCCGCAAAGUGCGUGCCACCUUCCCCAGUCAUACUAUCAUCGCUGGUAAUGUGGUGACAGGUGAAAUGGUAGAGGAGUUGAUUCUGUCGGGAGCUGAUAUAGUAAAAGUUGGGAUUGGUCCAGGUUCUGUGUGUACUACCCGCAUUAAGACAGGUGUUGGCUUUCCACAACUGAGUGCUGUGCUUGAAUGUGCAGAUGCUGCACAUGGACUACAAGGACAUAUCAUUGCUGAUGGAGGUUGCACGUGCCCUGGUGAUGUUGCAAAGGCGUUUGGAGCAGGGGCAGAUUUUGUGAUGGCUGGAGGAAUGUUUGCUGGACAUGACCAGUGUGGGGGGGAUGUCAUCCAGCGCAAUGGGCGCAAAUUUAAGAUGUUCUAUGGCAUGUCUUCUGCAACAGCCAUGGAAAAGCAUGCUGGUAGAGUGGCAGAGUACAGGUCAUCAGAAGGUAAAACAGUGGAGGUGCCAUAUAGAGGUGAUGUGGAAGUGACUGUACUAGACAUCUUGGGUGGUUUGCGCUCAGCAUGCACCUACACAGGUGCUGGUAAGCUGAAGGAGCUACCUCGACGUGCCACCUUCAUACGCUGCACCCAGCAAGUGAACCAGGUUUAUGAUAAUAUUGGCCAGGGUGAAUAAAUGUGCAUUGACUUCGGUGUAUCACUUCCUAUAUCUUUCUUCCUGUGUUCCUAUAUUGAGCUGGUGCUGAAUCUGCUGCAUGCUGCAAUGGUAAUACACUUUUAGUCAUAUAGGGAGAAAAAAUAAUGAUUGUGAUGUAGAAUGCAGCUUUAUGUUUAAGAGAAAACUGCUGAAUCAUACAAGGUUGUUUCGUGUAGUUGUAAUAUGUUUUGAUAAUUACAGAGAAAAUCAGAAAUGUACAUGAAAGAAAAGAUACCUCUAAGAGUACCGAGUUUAUCUGCAUGUGUUGAAUCGAGAUACCUGUAUGAUAUAUCUUUAAGAUUACUUUCUGUGUAAAGAAAAGUUGUACUUCAGAUUGAUAUAGAUGGCAGAUGGAUGAUAUUGUCAGCAAAGUGUCAGAUUGUGUAAGGGCUGUGUUGUGCACGUCUUGGUGUUUGCUGUUUGAAAUUGUUGUUGGAAUGUUUUAUGCCUUAUCUAUGCUUUCUCCCACAAGAUUCUGAGAUAGAGGUUAUAUUAUUAUUCAAGAACAUUUCAUCUCAGUUCUGCCACUCCAGUACAAGAAUUCUGAAAUGCCUAUAUUUAUUCCUGUUGCUUCUAAUACUAUUCUUUUAGACUCAGUAUUCUGGAUUCACUUUGGUUUGAAGUGACUUGAAUUUAAUUAUAUACAGUAUUAAAAAUGACUCCUGAUGUAUACAAGUGAGAGAUUGUAAACAUAAUUUGCAGUACUGCAGAGAAUUACAUAGACAUCUCUAGAUUAGGUGACAUUACAUUUUCAAGUAUUGGUGUGAUAUGUGGCAUUGGUAUUUCCUUUCAUAGAAAUUAUAUUUCAAAGAAAAAUGUUGAAAAUUGUAAUUUCAUCUUGCAUUGAUACCAUAAGUUAAAGGAGAUAUGUAUUUCUCUGAUAUAUAUAAAGAUAUGCAAAAUUUUGCUUGUACUGCCAGUUCAUGUUGCAAGUUAAAGUAGCAUUACCUGUAAUUCCCCUUUAUUGAACAAGUUAAUAGUUUCUAUCCUAAGAAAUAUAGUUACAUAAUGACAGCUGUGUUAGUUCACUGAAAUGUUGCUUUGGAUGUGUGUGAUGUAACAUUUCUGUUUUUAAACUUUAUCCAAAUAAAAAUCCUAGCUAAACAAAUAUUUUCUGAACACAGUACCAUGUAAUCUCAUAACCUUGUCAGCUUUAAUUAGUUGGUAAAUCAUAAUCAUAGUCAUAAUCACUCACAUAUCAACCAGAUAUGGAAACACAAAGUUCUCACAUUAGUAUGUGUUGCAGUUAUGUCUCCAUAUUGGGUUGAGAUUUUUACUUUGAUUUUACCAUGGCACCAAGAAGUGAUGGUGACAUUCAUAAUCUAAACUUUGUGUUUGCAGAAAUAAUUUAACCAAAUUUUUAUUUUGAAGAAACAAGUAUAUCUUACAGUCUAAUCUAUUUUGGCUUCAUUCCACUCUCAUGAAUAUGAUCUUGGAUUCUCAUGUGAAGUUGAUCUAAUAUUGCAUGCUACAAAUUAGCAGAAGUACAUCUGCCAUGUUGUCUAUCUCAUUGCCUGCAACACAUGCUUGCUUUUGUUCCCUUCUUCCAAUUCAAAGACAAUUUUUAAUCAGAAGCAAAUGGACAGUUAUUAUGUUCAAAAUCAUUAUAUCAAAGAAAAUGGUUGUGUAUUCUAAACAGUAUUGAGGUCACAAUGGUAGUCAAGUGCACACCCAUUCAGGCAUUAUGCCUUUGAUGUGAUAUUAAAAGUGUGUUCUUAUAUGAAUGUUAUAUGUUGAACUUCUAUAAAAUUGUUUUGUAAUAAUUGUUAAUUGCUGUUAUUAAUGUUUAUAUCAUUCUGUAAAACUUCCAUAUUGAAAGGCUGUUAGACAUGCUUUCCUCAUCAGAUUGUGUAAGUGGGCUUAACCUUCUUUAAGGUGAUCUAAACCCCUCCAUGCUACAAGGCUGCUGGCUGGACUUAACUCUGGAGUUAAUGGUAUAGUGGUAUGCUAGUGCAUUACAGGCCAGCUGCAUAACAUAUAAGUAGUGACAUGUGGACAAUAAAGGUUUAAGGGAUACAUAUUAAGAUGGGGGUCUCAACCUUUUCCAGACCUGCAGCCAUGUUCAUCCUUUUUUAUUUACUUGCUGGCUGCAGGAUAUAAAUGAGAACAAUUUAUUAAAAGGAGCUAAUUUGGUCACUAGUGUAAAGAGAGUGUAGUUUAAAUGCCUGUAUUUAUUGAUGUAUUGCACAAAAAUUAAUUUGGUGUUAUAGAACUGAAUGCCCAACACUACCUCUAAUACCUUCAAGGCCAUUUUGUUUGAAUUGUUUCAAGGCAUGGGUGUGAAUUUCCAUCAAGGUGGGGCAAGACCACAUUCUGUUCAUUUCAUUAUAGGGUUAACUCUGAUAUCCUGAAUGUUUCGAAAGUGGGCAGGUUUUGCAACCAUGCCUUUCUAAUUUGAAUCUGUAUGAUAACAUCUGGUGGGGAUUCCUGAAGGACUGUAUCAUCAAAAAUCUGCAUGCAGUUGAAGAAUGAAGGCAGAAAUGACAGCUGUGAUGGAAGGAUCUAUGGGAAACACUGGCUGUAGUUAUGGAAAGUUUAAUUUGACAUCUGCAAAUGAUAUUGAAUACAUGAAGCUGGAUAUGAUUUUACAUGAAUAAAAUCUCCCUGCUUUAUUAGUGUUGGGAAAUUAGAACAAGUGCUGAAAGUACAGACGUCUAUCCAUAUACAUCUCUCAAUGAUCCUAUAUAUUCUGUAUUUUAAAAUUCUGUAAAUGGUUAAUUGCUGUAUGUUUAGAUGAAAGGAUACAAACAGUACUGGAGUUCAGAAAUGUUAUGAUAGUGAUGUAAACAUUUGAAUCAGUCUGUCCAUAUGAAGUAGGUUAUUUAAAACAUCACUGAAACAAAGUAGCACACUGUCCUUGAAGGGCCUACUUAGCACAAAAUCAGUAAAAUCCUCUUGGGCAAUCAUCUGCAACAAUUGGUUAAACAAAGAGACUGAUGGUUUGGGAACCAUCUCCUCCAUCAUCAGGGUUCUGAUGAUGGUUGAUUGCCCAAGUGGAUUUUAUUAAGCUUAAUCACUGCAAAAGCUUCAAAUCAUACAUUAGCACAAAAUCUCUUCAUAUGGAAUUAAUUUUAGUAUUUUAUGCUUUUUUCAACAAAAGUAUUUGAACUAGUCACCAAUUUUCAAUCCUCAUAGAUGAAUUGUGUAUUCAACUUCAAAUGUCAGAGAAUUUUGUCUUUCUCUAGAGGAUUAAACUGCUUCUAGUCUAACAUUGAGUAUACUGUAAGAAAGUAUAAAGGUAUCUGCUAAUUAAAUAAAGUGAUUUUAAUUUUCGUAUUAAAAAACAUUUUCACUGCAUAUUUUGGAGUGUUUAUCUUUGCUGCUCACUCUGUGUAGUGGUAUAAUGGUUAUGUGAAUCUUUGGAAGAAAAAACUUUUUUUUUUGGUUGUAUUGUGGAUGUGUUUAUUAUAAUGUUUAUUUCAUUAAGCCUUUGUAAUUUUAACCAAGAGAUUGUUUUUUGAAUGACAUGUAUAUAAAAUUGUUGAUGUAUAAUUAUAUUUUAAAUAAAUCUGUUGAAGUUU